GAAACUGACACUGACUAAUGCAUAGAAAUCAUUUAGCUUCUCAGCAGUGUCCUUGCCUUCUUUAAUAGUCCAGUGGUCCUACCAAUUCUUUCUCAGGCCUUGUCUACACUACAUAAUUUUGUUGACAAAAGUCAGCUUUUGUCAACAAAAUAGUGGAGGUAUACAUACUGAAAUGCUCCUCCUGCCUAUGUAACUCCCUGCUAUACCAACAUAAUAAAACCACCUCAAUGAGAGGCAUAGGGCUUAUGUUGAUGUAAUUAAGGCACAGACAUUCCGUUUCUUAUAUCGGCUGUUGGCUGUCAUUCUUGUAAAUUUCAUGGCUGGGAGUGGGAAGGCGAGAAGUCCCGCACCACUGCUCCCAGACGGGAACACAGAGAUGAGAAGCCCCAGGGAGCAGCUGGGCUCCCGGUGGGGAGCUGUGCAGAGCUGAGAGUUCUGGGUCUGUUUCCCACACUGCCUCUCUUCAGUCAAUGGAAGCGCUCCUGGUGAGGAUGUGUUCCACUGACAGAAAGAGGGUAGUGUGGACAUCAGCCACUGCAGUAAUUAAUGCAGUGGCUUUAAAUCAAUCCAACAUAGGUCGAUUUAAUAUUGUAGUGUAGACAUAGCCUCAGGCUUCCUGCUUCUGAUACAAGAUAUUAAAACAAAUGAGAUUCUUUAGCUAUUUGUUCUUCAAACUCCAUUUUGACCCUUCUAACUUCUCUACUGCUUAUUGCCUGCAGUAAUUUAUGCUCCUGUUUUUUGGCCUCAUGAAGGACAGACUUACAGAUUCUGAAGGAUUUUCGUUUGGCUCAAAUAGCCUCUCAAAUGUUGGCCUCUUAGCUAUACUGGUUUCCUCCAUGCUUCCUAGUUCCUUUUUUAUCCAGCAGUAUACAUAACUUCUGAGACUCCAUUAUUGUUUUUUCUUAAUAGUAUCCCAGCUACCUCUAAGGAUUUUAUUUCACUUUUAGCUUUAGGGUGUUUUUGACUAACCUCAUUUUAUUGAAAAUUUCUUUUCUCAAGAUAAUCUGUGGAUUGUGGAAAGCAAUGUCAUGUGUCAAUAUGAGAUGUGUUACAGGCAUGGUAGUAAUCCAAAGUCGUUAGCAUGUCAGAUUUUUCUAGUGUGAAGAUGGUCAUGGAGCUUUAAUAAAAAGUAAAUUAAGGAAGGGCAGUCUUCUUUUUGCUGCUGUUCCUAUAAGGAAUUUGUAGGUAAGGUAAGGGAAAGUACACUUUUUCCUGGAGGCUUUGUAGGACAGUAGAUUGAGCAGCGUUUGCUCGACCACUGUACAAUUAACAGGAAUACAUUCUAGUGGAGUUGAUCACGGCUGACACGUUUCCGAUGAAUUGACAGGGUUGUUUUAGAUAUUUGUUGCAGUCCAUGGAGGGGCGUCUGGUAAGUCAGAUGUCAGCGUGUGCUGGUGCAGCUGGCUCAGAACCCAUUUCACUUUUACAGACAAUCCUGUACCUGUCUCUAGAGCACACGGUGCCCAGGCCUCCAAGUGCACCAGCCGUUAACGAGUUCACGCACAUACCAAGACGGGUGAGCAUUGUCCUCAUUUUACAGAUACCAAGACUGAGGCACAGCGUCGGCAAGGGGAACCGACAUGUCUGUGGCACACCCCAGCCCGGGCACAGCUGGCCGCGGAACCCAGGCGUCCUGCCACGCUGGGUGUAAAUCACGCUGUCUGCAGGGCUGGGCCGGCAACACCUGGACCCCAGGCUCAGCGGGUGCCCUUCCGCCUUUGCGCAGUGCUAGGCCCAGAGGCACGAACAGCCCAGGAGCAUCAACGGGGGGCGCCCGGGGGGGCCCCGAGCUCCCCGCCCGAGAGGAGACUCUCCAGGCUCUGCCCCAGGCCCCGCCGCCUCCGCGCAACACGCUCCUUUCGCCAACCAAGAUGGCGUCGCCUCUACUAAUAUGGCGGCCGGGCGCUGCUGGGCCACUCCCGGCCCCGGAAGUAGUUGCGCGGAGGCACCGCCUCCCUUGCCAAGAUGGCGGCGGGGACGGCGGAGGCGCCGCCGCGGCUCUCCGAACUGCUGGAGUCGGGCUGGCAGCUCUUGGACGAGGUGGAGGCCAGUACCGAGCCCUCGUCGGGGGCCCCGGCGCUCCAGGACAAGGUCCGGCGGGGGCUCGACCUCCUGCAGCAGGCAGCCCGCGGCGUAGCGCAGCUCGACCUCUUCAGCCAAAAUGAAGACCUGGAGGAGAUUGCAUCUGCUGACCUGAAGUAUCUGCUGUUACCUGCUUUGUUGGGAGCCCUCACCCUGAAACAGGUCAAUCUCAGCAAGCGGCUGGAGCAUGUGCAGAUUGCUCGUGCCCACUUCAUGGACUUCCUGACGCUCUGCAAGAACUACCAGAUUGGCAAGUUCCACCUUCCACCAACACCAGAGAGUCCUAAAGAAAAUGAGUCUUCGGAGAGUCCUUCGGCAGCUGGCCCAUCUGGCAGACAGGCCAGUCUGGUGGCCAUGGUGUCUAGUAGACAAGCAAAAAUUGAAAGAUAUAAACAGAAGAAGGAGGUGGAGAAUAGGUUGGCCUCAAUGAAAGCUUUUGUGGAGAGUGGCCAGGUGGAGGAGGAACAGAUACGGGAAUUCUAUCUGUUGCAAAUCCAGAAGUGGAUCACUACGAGCCUGGAGGAAAUCGAGAGCAUUGACCAGGAAAUGGUGAUUUUGAGAGGAAGGAAUGCACUAAAACAGGCUUCAGCACCUCCUCAGACUUCUCAGCGUCCCAGGACUGCAAUGAAACCUUUCGUUCUCACCCGGGACUCCAUGCAGGCUAAGGUGUUAGGAGCUGGCUAUCCUAGCCUGGCGACGAUGACAGUAAAUGAUUGGUAUGAACAGCGCUGUAAACAGGACCUCUUUCCCGAUAAAGGCAUACCCCAGACAACAGCAGCAGAUCUUGAUGAAGAGGAGCUGCAGAAAGAGCAGCAGGAGAAGAAGGUGGAAGAGGAUGAUGAGGAAACUCUACGGAAAGCUCGAGGCUGGGAGGACUGGAAGGACACACACCCAAGGGGAUAUGGCAACCGAAAGAACAUGGGCUGACUGUCAAAGGGAUGAGUAGGGCAGGAGAGUCUCAACUGAAUGCACUCCAUGAUAUAGCAGGAAUAUAUAGCUGUACAUAUGCAGGGAGGUCCUUGGUUUCUGCUGGGUGUCACCUAUGGAAGGGGAGUGAACAGGACAGUUUACAUUUUGAUUUACAUUAAAUAUCAGAAUGUGCACUUGUCAUGGGGUGAUGGUGAUGUGGCAAAACUUCAUCAAGUGGGGAGCCUUUACUUGAGGAAUCAGAGUAAAACUUCCGUGAUCCUCCUAAUCAGAUGGAGUUGUUGUUAAGCAGAAAGUCUAUUAAUUUGAAAGUGGCUCUUUGUAUUGUUGAUGGCUGUAUUUAUUUUUCUCUAUUUUUAAAAGAAUAAAUUUUCUUGUGCUGCUUAA